AGCCAGUGUCUCCAUCUCGAUUCAGUCCCUGUUUCCACCCCUCAUCGCUUCCUCCGGCGGUGAUUAGCAUCUCCAGAUUCUUAGGUUCGGCAGAUUUCGUUCGGCAUCGGGGUUUGCUUUUUGAGAGGCAGAAAUCGGGUUUUAAUGCUUACUGGUCUAGUUUGAGUGUACGUCGGUUUCGAUAAGUGUGUUGCUUUGUUGUUGCUGUUGAUUGUCACUCCGGAGAGCUGAAGUCUUGUGCUGGAAGGCGCAGGUGGAGAGGGAUGGUUAUGGCGACAGGGAUGAUUGUCACCCCGGCGUCGACAAUUGCUGUUGGGUCCGCUUCCUGUGCCUCCAGACGAUCUAUCGCCAAUGCUUCUCCCUUGGUAAGUUCAUUCCAACACGGUAGCGGAAGAAACUCUGGACAACAGCAGCAGCAGCAACGGUGGGCACCUGUGACAGUGCGCAGCAUCGCCGCUGGGCCACCCAAGUCAGCCGUCGAGGUGGACUGGAAAACUAAGCGGGAAGCAUUGAAAAAGAACAACUUGCGGUCAGUGCAACCUAAGGAUGCUCUUCGGCUGCAGAAAGAACAGGGUUACACAAUUUUGGAUGUCCGUCCAGAAAACGAGUUUGUACAGGCCCACGCCGAAGGAGCUGUGAAUGCGCAGCUUUACAGACUCAUCAAGGAAUGGACUCCAUGGGACAUAGCUCGCCGCGCUGGGUUUGCAUUUUUCGGCAUUUUCGCAGGGACUGAAGAGAAUCCGGAGUUUUUGAAUGAGGUGAAGGCCCUGGGUCUGGACAAAGACUCUAAGAUCAUCAUCGGCUGCCAAUCUGGAGGGACGAUGAAGCCCAGCCCUAGCUUGGCUGAUGGACAGCAAUCUCGGUCAUUGAUAGCAGCAUACGUCCUGACAAUGGAAGGGUAUAAGAAUUUAGUUCACAUAGAAGGAGGUCUUCGCCAGUGGUUUAGGGAGGAAUUGCCGGUAGAGGGGACUGAGCUUGUGGAAGAGUAGUUGUCAUGAAUCAAGUUCAUAUGGUUGAGUAAUAAAGAGACCAUUAGACAACUCGUCGUUGUAUCUUCACUGCUACCUUGUGUAGAAUGUAGAAAAUCGUACGGGGCAAAAGAUACGAUAGAUGCAGCUUCCAGGACCCCGUAGAAAUCACCAGACGACUUGCCCACUCGGGACCCAACUCAAUUUUGCGAGACGUUCCAACCAGUUCGAUCGUAGCGGAGAGAGCGCAUUGCCUCAUCUCGAGACUUUCAAGUUUAAGGUAACAAUCGUACUCAUUAAGUUGAGUAUGCGCUUUGUCCGAUUUUGUCACACGGCAAUGUCAAUCUUACGUGAAAUGUAAAGCAUAUUCCGUGAGUACAGAAACCUGCAAGGGAAAGACUCGAUAGUGAUGGAGCUAGAUUGCCUAGUGAGAAAGAGAACGAUCGAUCGAUCCCGAAUGGUCGAUCUUUGGUGUACCGAUUGUGAAUUGAAAUGCAAAAAACCUACAAAUGUUCCAAGAC